CGCUGCACACAUGUAACCGGAUAAUUUGUUUCUGAGGAUCGUCAACACUAGGUAUUCCUUUGCGCCACCGUUCUAUAUUUAUACGGUCCGAACCCGAAAGCUUGAUCCGUCUCACAGACCCUAUUCGUUACUCUAUCCAGCCCAUCUAUAAAGCCAUGGACAAGCUGGAGAAGGCUCGUGACGAAAUUGCCAAGUACGACUACAUCAGGUUUGCUCUCUGUGACAUCAAUGGAACAAGCCGUGGCCCUGUGAUGCACAGUAGGUACGCUGUAAAAUACUUACAAGGAGGUCUAGACUUGUUUGAAGGAACAUUACUAUUUGGGUACAACCACGAGAUCGUGAUCUUGCCACAAGACAAAGGGUACCACAAUGGCAACGUGACUCUAGUCCCAGAUCUUGACACACUUAGACCAAUUCCAUGGGCAGGUGAAAAUACAUUCAAGGUCGCAGAAGUCCUGUGCGAGUCACGCUGGAAAAGAGAUCUUUCACCUCAGGCAGCAUGUCCACGAUAUGUCGCUAGGCAACAGUUGAAACAACUGGACGACCUGGGGCUUCAGUUCUAUUCUGGUUUUGAAAUGGAAUAUUUCCUAUUUGAUGCGAAAACCUUAACUCCCGUUUUCACCGGUAAACCAUACAUGUGCCAUCAGGCAUUGAACAAAUGGGGAAAAUAUGUGUAUAAAUUCGACAGUCAACUGAAGCAAUCUGGAAUAGAUGUCCAGAAGAUUCAUCUUGAAUAUUCUCCUGGUAUGUUCGAGGCUGUCAUGGAACCUAAAUUUGGCAUAGAUGCUGCCGAUGUUGCCUUCAAUCUGAAGCAGGGCCUACUUGAAUUAGCUGAACAAAAUGGAGUCAAGGCUUCAUUCAUAUCAAAGUUAGAUGUUGAUGACACCGGAGCAGGAUGCCAUUACAGUUUCUCCGUUCUGUCCAAAGAUACUGGUGAGAAUGCAUUUUAUGACGUCAGUUCCACAGACAACCUCACUCCCAUGGCUAAACAGUGGAUAGCGGGGAUUCUCCGACACAGCAAGGCACUGGCUGCCUUAACCUCCCCGACAAUAAACUGCUACCGAAGACUCCAUCAGCCUUGGGCACCAGGGGGGAUCUUCUGGGGAAUUGAUGACCGUGAUGCCUCUCUCCGUGCCAAGAACCACGGACCUACAGGAACCUAUUUAGAAAACAGGAUGCCGAGUGGAAAAAGCAAUCCCUACAUUGUCAUGGCGGCCACUAUAGCUGCUGGCUUGGACGGGGUGAAGAACAAGCUGGAAUGUCCAGCUCCAGGGAAUCUGAAGAACACUGAGCCCUUGCCUAAAUCCCUCUCAGAGGCUUUGAAAGAUCUUGAAGAUGACAAAUAUAUGGUCGAUGCUCUGGGACAUGAACUAAUUUCUUGGUUCGUGAAAUGUAAGGAAGUAGACAUUGAACGGUUUAAAUGUAUUACGGACGAAAAUGAAAAAUCUUCGUAUGAAAGGAAGGUUUACCUGUAACGGAUGACAAUAAUGGUAUGGACUGGAUGGGUCAGU